CUAGGGGGCGGGCCCUCAGGUGGCAGAGGGCGCGCUGCGGCCGCAUCUGUUAGGUGUGACCUUCUUCCGCCCGGCCUGUUUCCCGGCCCGCGCCCCCGUCAUGGCCAUGGCGGCCUCGUUUCUGCUGCGGCAAGGACUAGCCGGGGGGCUGAAGACUGUGCUCCUAGAAGCAGGAGUGUUUCGAGGACUUGCUUCUACAGUUUCUCUCUCUGCAGAAUCAGGAAAGAAGGAAAAGGGAUUGCCACCGAAUCCCAAGAAGCAAAGUCCACCAAAAAAUGUAGUGGAGCCAAAGGAGAGGGGCCAGCAGCUAGCCACCCCAACAGCAGAUGAAUUGUCUAAAAACGUACCUUCACCCACUUCUUCCCCACCAGUUGUGAAGCAAGGCAGGGUGCUAGCUGGCCCUAACCCCGAUGCCAGCAUGCCGCUCACAGACCAAGGGGUUCUGAAGUUUUUGCCAAGAAAGACUUUGGUAGAGUUUCCUCAGAAAGUUGCACCUCCAUUCAGAAAACAGGGUUCUGAUUCAGAAGGAACCCAGCAGGGCAGGAAAGGGACAGAUGAUUCAUCUUCGUCUUCAUCUUCGUCCAGCUCCUCUGAUUCCGAGUCAGAUGAGGAGGGUGACAGCUCAGAAGCGGGUCCUCAGGCAAAGAGCAAGCUCAGAGGAGGGUUUCCCGUAGCACAGGCCUCCCAUUCCUCUGCAGGUGGGGCCCCCCAAAUUGAAAUAUCCGCACAAGAGAAGAGUGUAUCACAGCAGCCGCAUCCAGACCUCGUCUCUGCACAGAGGCCCCACGGGGCGAAGAAAGGGGCCUCCCGUCAACCAUCAGAGGACAGAAAAGACCCCAAACCAAAAACCACAGCACCCAAGUCACACGCAGGUGGAAAGUUUAUGGAGCAAGAUGUAAAGGAAAAACAGUGGCAGGAAGUAUCUGCGUCCAAUGAAAUAGAUAAGGAAAGCCAGAAGCCACUGGAAGUUAAAAAAACCUCAUCUGACCGUACGAAAUCAGGAUUAUCCACGCGACCGCAUGGCAGCCCAGCGCCCACUCAGUCUGCGGAAACCAGAGCAGGACGACGGCUGCCAGCGACUCCUGAGACCACAGAAAGGCUUUUGGAAAAACAAGUACCAGAGCCUGAUGGGAAGGUGGCUCUUUCCCUGUUCCAAAAGGAAAAUCUGGGAAAGCAAGUAGCAGAAGGAAUCUUGAAGGCUAAAGAAGAGAUUUUGGAAGAUCAGUUACCAGUGAAAAAUUUGAAGCCAGUCCCUGUUCACAAUAAAGACGUUUUUGAUGAAAAGACAGCGGUACUAAAGCUUGAGGAAAAGGGCGGAAUCAUCGAAGACUCAGCAACUCAGAUGGAAGGCCAGGACGGCACACAGGAGUCCCCGCUGGCCGCCACCCCCGCUGAGCCAUUUGACAACACCACCUACAAGAAUCUCCAGCAUCAUGACUACAGCACGUACACCUUCUUGGACCUAAACCUGGAGCUCUUGAAGUUCAGGAUGCCUCAGCCCUCCUCAGGACGAGAGUCACCUCGCCACUGAGAGCUCAGUUUAAAGAUUAACCUUUCGGUGUCUUUCUGCAUUCUUGUGUGCGAAAAUAAAAUCUGCUCAGUGGUCA